AUUUGUAGUUUCAUUGUCCCUUUUUGACACAAGGAAAACAAGAAAUGAACAUUAUCACCCACAAUUCCGUGCUUUUGUAUUUGUAUCGUUGACUUUAAACACCGAUGACAGCUCAGGAUGGAGGCAGUUUUAGCCAAGUAUGAAAACCAGAUCAACGUUUUCUCUGAAUUCCUAGAAGAUUUACCAGACACUGAAGAGCCAGUGUGGAUUUUAGGAGAAUCUUAUAAUGUUAAAACAGAAAAGUCAGCGCUUCUUUCAGAUGUGCGUUCGCGGCUGUGGUUCACGUACAGGAAAAAGUUCAGCCCCAUCGGAGGAACGGGUCCGUCGUCAGACGCAGGCUGGGGCUGCAUGCUGCGCUGUGGACAGAUGAUCCUGGCACAAGCCCUCAUCUGCAGCCAUCUGGGAAGAACAUGGCGGUGGGUGAGUGAGGGAAGUCAGCCGGCCGAGUACCAGCGCAUCCUCCACUGCUUUCUGGACAGAAAAGAUAGCUGUUAUUCGAUUCACCAGAUGGCUCAGAUGGGGGUGGGCGAGGGUAAAUCUGUUGGAGAGUGGUAUGGUCCGAACACAGUAGCACAAGUCCUCAGGAAACUCACACUGUUUGAUGAUUGGAGUUCGUUAACUGUGUACGUGUCAAUGGACAACACUGUAGUGAUCGAAGACAUCAAGAAGCAGUGUCAUCAGGAAGCGAGGCCCAGUCGGUGUAUCUGUGGCGGCGUAGAAGUUCCUCCAUCCGGCGAGUCGUCAUCAGGACACAAGCUGACAGACGACGCAGAGCAGCGCCAGGCUCCAUGCCCCGUCUCCCAUUCCCAACAGCAUUCCCAACAGCAUUCCCAGCAUUCCCUGGACUGGAGGCCUCUGCUGCUGCUGAUCCCACUCCGCAUGGGCAUCAACAACAUCAACCCCAUCUACAUCCAGGCCCUGAAAGAAUGUUUUAAGAUGCCGCAGUCUUGUGGAGUGCUUGGUGGAAAACCCAACCUGGCUUAUUACUUUAUUGGAUUUAUAGAUGAUGAGCUGAUUUAUCUGGACCCUCACACCACUCAGUCAGCUGUGGACUCGGAGACGGACCUCGCUGUGGAUGACCAGAGCUACCACUGCCAGAGGAGUCCUCAUCGCAUGAAGAUCACCAGCCUGGACCCUACUGUAGCACUGGGCUUUUUCUGUAGGAGUGAGGAGGACUUUGACAGCUGGUGUAAUCAGGUUCAGCAGGAAAUCCUGAAGAAGCGGAACUUGCGGAUGUUUGAGCUGGUGGAGAAGCAUCCGUCUCACUGGCCGCCGUUCGUUCCUCCGACUAAACCUGAGGUGCAGACCACAGGAGCAGAGUUCAUCGAGUCCACAGAUAAGCUGUUCGAGUCCGAGGAGGAGUUUGAGAUCCUGAAUGUGUGAGUUCCACACGUUUAACCUUCAUGCAAUCAGAGAAAGUUCAGGAUCGGGAUGAAGCGUCAGCUUUCUACUGAUCCACACCGCUCAAGUGCCUCAGAUCAACACCAAGCACAGCACCAAUACGCAAAAAAUAAAUAAAUAAAAAACAAUAAUACACCAGGACAUAAAGAGCAUGGAACGGUCAGACUUCUCGAGUGAAGGACUGAAUAUGGGGGAAAAAAAUGAGAAAAAGCCAAGGAUUACUGUAGCCACUAUGUCUGAUUUUAGCUCCAUGCAUAGUCAGACCUGUGUGUGUGUGCACGUGUGUGUGUGUUCACGUGUGUGUGCGUGUGUGUGUGUGUGUGCACGUGUGUGUGUGUGUGUGCGCGUGUGUGUGUGCACGUGUGUGUGUGUGUGCGUUUUUAUAAAACUGUUUGGAGAACUCUCUUGUUGCAUGAACUGCAUUGUACUGUAUCACAACAUCUCCUACUGCACAGGACCUGUGAGAGAACAAGCAUGGAGAUGAUCAUGUCUUUUUAAAAGCCACGGCCUCAAAACACACACACACACACACACACACACACACACACACACACUACCUCCUGAAUCCAGGAGCAGGAGUCAGAUAUGCAGAAAAAUUUUAUUCAGUGUUAUUUGAGGGAAAUGAUGAAAAGCCGUGUGUGAGCUGAAAGUGCCUCUUGGAAGGAUUCGGGUAAAUGUUUCUUUUCCCUCGUAAUCACAAAAGUUAAAUAAUAAACCCCUUCUUCUUAAACAAAUUGCACAUUCAUGUAAAUAUGCUUGAAAAUAAAGAUAUUUAAUGCA